AUGUCGUUUUCCGGGACCACGCAGAAAUGCAAGGCUUGCGAUAAAACCGUGCAUUUUGCCGAGAUGGUAUCUGCGGAUGGAGUUCCGUACCACAAGCAAUGCUUCAAGUGCUCCCAUUGUAACGGCCGUCUCGCGAUGAGCAACUAUUCUGCUGUGGAGGGUCAACUAUACUGCAAGCCUCAUUUUGAACAGCUAUUUAGAGAAACUGGUAGCUUCACCACCAAGAAAUUUCAAUCAUGUGAAGCACCAAGCAGAGUCUCCUCAUUUUUCUCUGGCACCCAAGACAAAUGUGCUGUCUGUACAAAGACAGUUUAUCCACUAGAAAAGGUUGUGACAAUGGAGGGAGAAUUCUAUCACAAGUCGUGCUUCAGGUGCGCACACGGAGGUUGCUUCCUGACGACCUCAUCUUACGCGGCUUUAGAUGGAGUUCUCUAUUGCAAGCCGCAUUUUGCCCAACUUUUCAAGGAAAAAGGAAGCUACACACACCUCGCAAAAACCGCGUCUCUCAAGAAAAAUACGGGCGAUCAAAAUAACACGGAUACUAAUACUAAUACUGAUGAUGAUCAAAAUGCUAGUGCCACAGAGGAUGAACAAUCUGAAAACCUUCAAGUCACACAAGAGGCUUAA